AGUGAAAAUUGUGAAAUAAAAAUGGCUCGUACUAAGCAGACUGCUCGUAAAUCGACCGGAGGCAAGGCGCCUCGUAAGCAGCUGGCAACUAAGGCGGCUCGUAAGAGUGCUCCAGCCACCGGCGGUGUGAAGAAGCCUCAUCGUUAUCGCCCCGGAACUGUUGCCCUGCGUGAGAUCCGUCGUUACCAGAAGAGCACAGAGUUGCUGAUCCGCAAGCUGCCUUUCCAGCGCUUGGUGCGUGAAAUUGCUCAGGAUUUCAAGACCGAUCUGCGUUUCCAGAGUUCUGCUGUGAUGGCACUGCAGGAAGCUAGUGAAGCCUACUUGGUUGGCCUGUUCGAAGAUACUAACUUGUGCGCUAUCCAUGCCAAGCGUGUCACCAUCAUGCCGAAAGAUAUCCAACUGGCCAGACGUAUUCGUGGCGAACACUCCGCAGUUGCAACAUCCGCAUCUCCCGUGGCUGCCCCACCAGCUACUCCCGCAUCUGAGAAGAAGGUGGCUGCUAAGAAAGCAGCAUCUGCAUCGAAGGUGAAGAAGCCGGCAGUUCCACCAUCACAUCCUCCAACUCAGCAAAUGGUGGACGCAUCAAUCCUGAACCUUAAGGAACGUGGUGGCUCGUCGCUAUGGCAAUCAAGAAGUACAUCAGUGCCACAUACAAUGGAAAACUUAUCCAAGCUAAAGGCAAGGGCGCAUCUGGUUCAUUCAAAUUGUCUGCAUCUGCCAAAAAAGGAGCCGAAGCCAAAAGCCAAGGCUGCCUCAGCGGAGAAGAAACCGAAGAAGGUCGCUGCAUCAGCAGCAGCAGCAGCUAAGAAGAAGGCUGCCGGCACCAAGGCCAAGAAAGCAGCAGGGUCCGCUGAGAAGAAACCAAGCAAAGCUGUAGCAACCAAGAAGACCGCUGAGAAGAAGAAGACUGAGAAAGCCAAGGCUAAGGAGGCCAAGAAGAGUGGUGGCAAAGUUAAGGGAAAGGCAAAGUCUCGUUCCAACCGCGCUGGUCUUCAGUUCCCCGUUGGCCGUAUUCACCGUCUGCUUCGCAAGGGCAACUAUGCCGAGCGUGUUGGUGCUGGUGCUCCUGUGUACCUGGCUGCUGUGAUGGAAUACUUGGCUGCUGAAGUUUUGGAGUUGGCUGGUAACGCAGCCCGUGACAACAAGAAGACUAGGAUUAUCCCUCGUCAUCUGCAAUUGGCCAUCCGCAACGAUGAGGAGUUGAACAAACUACUUUCGGGUGUCACCAUUGCCCAGGGCGGAAGUGAAAAUUGUGAAAUAAAAAUGGCUCGUACUAAGCAGACUGCUCGUAAAUCGACCGGAGGCAAGGCGCCUCGUAAGCAGCUGGCAACUAAGGCGGCUCGUAAGAGUGCUCCAGCCACCGGCGGUGUGAAGAAACCUCAUCGUUAUCGCCCCGGAACUGUUGCCCUGCGUGAGAUCCGUCGUUACCAGAAAAGCACAGAGUUGCUGAUCCGCAAGCUGCCUUUCCAGCGCUUGGUGCGUGAAAUUGCUCAGGAUUUCAAGACCGAUCUGCGUUUCCAGAGUUCUGCUGUGAUGGCACUGCAGGAAGCUAGUGAAGCCUACUUGGUUGGCCUGUUCGAAGAUACUAACUUGUGCGCUAUCCAUGCCAAACGUGUCACCAUCAUGCCGAAAGAUAUCCAGCUGGCCAGACGUAUUCGUGGCGAACGUGCUUAAAUUGUGACAACGUUGUGCGUUGUGCUUGACAAGCAUCAAAUUAUCAAACAAAUCGGUCCUUUUCAGGACCACAA